AUGAAGAGGAGGAUCCUGACAAUCAGAAAGAUAUUUAAAAACACAUUCGUCGGUUGAACACUCACAAGAUUCUGAGCUCAUACGGUGCGUCUGAUCCUCUGAGCUGGACGUCUGAAGCGAUGAUCACUAACAUGAUUGUGUUGCUGUGUUUGUCUGCGCUGUUUCCCGUCUUGAUGUGCGCUGAAGAGGUCAAAUCAGAUUGCUUUCUGUCCAGAGACUGCUCUGAUGUGUAUUCAAGUGGGAAAAAUGUCAGUGGUGUGUACACCAUCACCUCAUUAAAUGGACCGGUGCAGGUCUACUGUGAGAUGGUCUCCAGUGGAGUAAAUGACAGAGGACACUGGACGGUGUUUCUCAGGCGAAUGGACGGCGAGGUGAAUUUCUUUAGACCAUGGGAGAGUUAUAAGAAGGGUUUCGGUAAUAAAGAAGGCGAAUACUGGCUGGGUUUAGAGUUUCUUCAUGAGCUGACCAACAGAUAUCAGUAUAAACUCAGAGCAGAUUUGGAGGAUUUUGAAGGGAAUAAGGCUUAUUCUGUGUACGACUCUUUCUCUGUGGGCUCUGAGGCUACUGGAUACAAACUGCAAGUGAGCGGCUUCGUAGAAGGAGGAUCAGAUCAAACUUUUGGUUAUCAUAAUGGAUAUAAGUUCUCCACCUUUGACAAAGAUAAUUCAGGAGCUAACUGUGCUAAAAAGUACAUUCAAGGAGGGUUUUGGUACAGAAAUUGUGAUUAUACAAACCCUACUGGUCUGUAUUGGUGGGGGAAAGAUGACAACAGUUUGAUGAGUGGACCCUUCUGGUACUACUGGAAGAACAGCUAUCAAUCUCUGAAGGCCGUCACCAUGAAGAUCAGACGUGUGAUGUAGAGCAGGUCUUACAAACGCUUCACUGCAGCUUGUGCACAUCCACAACUUCAUGCAUUCAUAUGGAUCCUUCUUAAAAUAUGCACAAUAAUUAAAUCCAUUGUCCAUAAAUAAAAAUGUGUUAAAAUUGGGUUAAUUACUUUUCAGCAUGCUUUGUCUGCAUUGAUUUUGAAGCAAUAAAAGUUUAUGCAAAGCAA